ACUCUUGGCUGAGGGAAUAUCGAAUAUACCUCAUGAACAGGAGUCGGUGCCAUGAUAGCAUUAGAAUGGAUGACUAGAAAUAUUCAGUGACAGAUUGCCAAUGUGUAGCGCUAUUUAGCUCUCUUUCCUUCAUGCGCCACUAACGGGCCUAACCGUCCCUCGCGGCAUCGCCCCCUACAAUCGAUUGAUUCACUCCCCAGUGUGAACCAUGGCUCUGGGAUUUGAUUAGAAACCUCUGGCACUGUUUGUUCAAUGCGCCGACCCGACGGGCUGGGUUUUCGACCCUGGACCUCCCGUCUAUCCGUCAUACCAUCGCCUGCCUGUCUUUGACGUGCAUGAACGGACGGAAGGCCUUGCAUGCAUGGAUGGCACCGAAGUUUCUCGGAUCUUGUCCUGUCCUGGUCCCCCCUCCCGUCGGAGCUCCCGACCACGCAUUGCAGGUGCAUGGUGACACUAGCACAGUGGUCACCAACUACUCCGUGUUAGCCUGUCGGCAGUGGAUGGGAGGAUUCUGCCGCUGGGAGAGGGAAGGGAAGGGGAGGGGAGGGCACCCUUCGGUGGAAAUGGGAGUGAUGAUGCGUUUUCGAAAUCCUCUGCCCCCCCGCCCACUUAGCAAUCCAUCCGAGAGCCCACAUUGAUCAAGAAUUGGAAAAAGGAACCUCGGUCAAAAUUGACUCUUCUUCUUUUUUUUUCUUCUUUCUUUUUUCUCCACUCACUCUCCACCGCUGCCUGGUUGCGCCGUCCAAGAAAUAUCUCUCUCUACAGGACCCAUAACCAUUCAAUGUAGACG